GUGUACAUCUAUAACCAUAGUCCUCAGGAGGCUGGGGUAGGAGGAUUGAGGUCAAGGGCAUCCUGACCUAAUUAAUGGUAAGACCCUGGCUAGGGUAUGUGUAGCUCUGGUCUAACAUACAAGAGCCCCUGGAUUCAAGGCCCAACACUGCGCAAUCAAAAGAAUGAAGAUGUCAAAUGACCUAACCCCAGGUCUAAAAAGAGAAAAACCCAACGAGGUUGGCAAGAUGGCUCAGCAGGUAAAGGCAACUGCUGUCAACUAUGACAACCAAUGUUAGUCCUCAGAACCCAUGUGGCAGACUUGACUCAAGGCACUCUCUUACCUCCACACAUGCGACACAGCACACAAGCAUGUGUGCGAACACAUCAACAAGUAAAUGUAACUUUAAAAAAAGACUAAGCGAGGCUGGAGAGAUGGCUCAGUGGUUAAGAGCACUGACUGGCUCUGCCCGUCGUCAUGGCUGCCUACAAGUUGGUGCUGAUCCGGCAUAGGGAGGGCGCCUGGAACCUGGAGAACCGCUUUGGCGACUGGUACGGCGCCGACCUGAGCCCAGCGGGCCACGAGGAGGCGAAGCGCGGCGGGCAGGCAUUGCCAGAUGCUGGCUAUGAGUUUGACAUCUGCUUCACCUCUGUGCAGAAGAGAGCAAUCCGGACCCUCUGGACAGUCCUGGAUGCCAUUGACCAGAUGUGGUUGCCAGUGGUCAGGACCCGGCGCUUCAAUGAUCGACACUAUGGGGGUCUAACAGGUCUCAACAAAGCAGAAACUGCUGCUAAGCGUGGUGAGGCACGGGUAAAGAUCUGGAGACGAUCUUACGAUGUUCUGCCGCCUCCAGUGGAGCCUGAUCAUCCCUUCUACAGCAACAUCAGCAAGGACCGCAGGUACGCAGACCUUACUGAGGACCAGCCACCCUCCUGUGAGAGCCCGAAGGAUAUUAUUACCAGAGCACUGCCCUUCUGGAAUGAAGAAAUUGUCCCCCAGGUCAAGGAUGGGGAAAGGGUCUUGAUUGCUGCCCAUGACAACAACCUUGGGGGCAUCGUCAAGCAUCUGGAGGGUCUGUCAGAAGAGGCCAUCAUGGAGCUGAACCUGCCAACUGGCAACCCCAUUGUCUAUGAACUGAACAAGAACUUGAAGCCCAUCAAGCCCAUGCAGUUCCUGGGAGAUGAGACCGAGCGUAAAGCCAUGGGAGCUGUGGCCGCUCAGGGCAAGGUGAAGAAGUGAAGGCGAGGAGGCGGACUCCUGCCCCACACCCUCCCUCCCUGCCUGGUCCUGCCUCCUGCACCCUCCCCUGCACCUGCCACACUGACCACAUCUUUGGGAUCUUCAAUUUAAGUUGUAGCUGCAGAUGGAGACCUAUGGUUCCCAUUCUCCUGUUAGUAUUUUAUCCCCUGCACCCAACCUCUUCACAGAAUCUAGUCAGAAUAACACCUCUGGCAUGCAGGUUCUUG